AUGCAAACAGAAAAAGAAUCACACUUAAAUUGUCAAAACAGAAAAAGAAAAUUCUUUCAUAUCUUUAUUAAUAAUCAGACCCACAUCCCAACGCUAAGCAAAUGUUUAUUAGCUACUAGAGAAGAGGUGCAUGGUAAGUAUACGAGACCAGAAACAGAAAUUACGUCACAGAAAUCGACAAAGUUUGUAAUAGGAAACGUGACAUUAAAUUGGGAUAAGGAAUAUUUUUAA